CGUGACGUACAUGCUUGUCCUGCGCCGUCUGGAGGCCAAGAUUCUGGGCCGCAGCCUCCACCUGGUGGAGUUUGCCGGCCAGUGGACGAGUUCAGAGCGACGACAGUUCGAAUGCGACAUGCGGGUCAUCGAGAACUUCGUUACGCCGGCGGAGGAGGCGGGUCUGCUGCGGGAAAUUGAGCCCCACAUCAGCCGCUUGCCCUACGAGUCGAGCCACUGGGAUGAAGCGAUUCAUGGCUACCGCGAGUUGGAACGCAGGAAGUGGUCGCCCCAAAACCGGGUUGUUCUGGAUCGCGUCUCCAGGGAAGCCUUCGGCGGUCGGGCCAUGCCCUUCGUCCACAUCCUGGACCUGGCUGAGGUGGGCGUGAUCAAGCCGCACGUGGACAGCAUUCGGUUUUGCGGCCACACCAUCGCGGGCAUCAGCCUGCUCAGCGACUGCGUCAUGCGACUGCAGCGGGUGGCCAAAGGUCCGGAUCCUCCCUGCCAAUCCGCGGACCUGCUCCUGCCGCGACACUCGCUCUACAUCAUGAGGGCCCUGGCGAGGUACGAGUUCACCCACGAGAUCCUGGCCAGAGAAGAAUCCCGGUUCAGGAACCGCUCGGUGGAAAGGCGGCGCCGCGUCUCUGUCAUUUGUCGAAACGAUCCUUAGAGGGGUUCCACUUACAUUAUUUCUACUCUUAUAAUUAUAAUUACAACUCUUAUAAUAAUAAACCACUGGGUGGCUGUACAGGUAUAUACAAUGCAAGUUUAUUCCGAUUCGGUGAUCAGUUAAAUGUAAUACAGACUGUGUGUACGAUUCACCCGAAGCACAAUCCACGCUUAUUCAAAUGUACAUAAUGCAUAGCUUAGUCUAACUACUUGUACGGUAUAAAUAUUGGUAUGCUUUCAAAUUUUCUAUUCCCUCCGAUGUGUAAAUUUUAAAAAUUUGUCUUCUCUUCUUGAUUAUAUGCGCCGAUGCGAUAUGCGAUGCUCUACUACUUUCCUUUGUACGUUUGUCGUCUCGUUUCAUUUAAAGCUUAGAAUAUGAGAAUGACAGAGACGGGGUUAUUGUGAUGUGUGGGAAACAGAGUGAGAUGGGAAGUGGUAUGGGAAGGGUGGUAUUCAAGGAUAACUGGGAGGGAAGCUGUGAUGUCACUUAAAACUACCUUCAUAUUUGCACUACUAGCCACUGCUAGAAAAAGUCUGGGAAUGAUAUUAUGGCGAUGGGUAC